UUCAGGGUUGACUUGACCUCGACUCAAAAAUGGAGUUUCAUUCAUGAAAUUUUUAGUUCAUUUCCUUGUUUAAUCACUGUUUAAGACAAAAUUUGAGACGUUUCGGAAAGUUUACUUGCUUACUGCCAUUAAAAAUGAUUCAAGAAAGCCGACCAGAGCAUGUUUCUCAAAGGAAAAAAGUUUUAGCUGAAAAACUAUCAAAGGAGCAAGCAAAUUUAUCAUUUUUGAAAGACAGUUUGACGAAAAGCGACGAUUUGACGGAAAAUAUGCGUGGUAUUUUGUCAUCAUUUAACGAACGUUUAAGCAAGCUAGAAGAAAAUAUUUUACCUGUGCAUAAAGAAACUGUUGAACUACAACGUCGACAAAGAAAUAUUGACAAAGUUUUACGAGGGUUGGAUAAUGUUAUCAGCUAUCAUAAUGUUGCUUCAAAGAAGACCAGGACAUCAGAGAUGGACCUGGCUGAUGAUGUCGAUAGUUACAUACAAAGCUUGAUAAAAGUUCAAGAUGCCAUUAAAUUUUUUGAAGACAAUAAUCCCAACAGUCCUGAGUUAUCCCUCCUUACAUCAUUAAUGGAAACAGGACGUGAACAAAUGGAACGUUCAUUUAGACAGUUCCUGGCGCUAAACAGUAGUCCUCUCGAAGCUGAAACAUUGAUUGAUUUAUUGAAUUCUAACGAAGAAACAGAAGAAUCCGCCUCAAUUUAAACCUAUAAAUG